CAUAACAAUAAUUCUUUACUAUUUGAUUUUCUUCCGCAAACAUCAAUAGAUAUUGUUCGGAACUCUUAAUGAAAGAAUGAAGUUCAUUUUCAAUACCAGAAAAUUUAGGCAAGAGCAUACCAAAUUUUUCAGCUAGUGACAAAUCUAUUCUCUCUUGUGCCAUCUUAUUUAUUUUCUUUUUACGACCCGAAAAAUGUUUUAUCGACGUAAUCGUGAAAUAUGAAAAUAUUAAAUAUUAUAAAGUAAUAACGGUAUCAAGAUAAAUUAUCAAUAUUAAAAUAGUAAUCGGUUCUUUCUUAAUAAAGAAACCUAGGAAAAACUCUUUAGUGAUCGGUUUUUUCAAAGAAACCUAGGAAAAACUUUUGAAAAUCGGUUUUUUAAAGAAACCUAGGAAAAACUAUACAAGUUUACUAAUUUUUUACCAGAUUAGGGAAACUGGGGAGAAAUAGGAAGUGCUCACCGAUAGUCUUGAAGUCGUUGAGGUCGCUACUCCGUCAAUCGGACUCUCUGGUCUUCUUCCACUGGUUCUUCAGGGUGUGCUUGAUGGUUGAAACCAACAGGUAUCUGAUCUGGAGCUGGUACACUUGACUGGCACUAUUCACUCUUCUUCAGACCUGGCACAAUCCCAUCACCACCUCGCCAAUUAUGAAUUUUGGGAUGAAGACUUGGUUUUAAAAAAAACACUUUAUUUACAAUAGAGAAUAUUUGAAUAUUCUGUGUAAACUAUGACUAUCGACUAAGGCUCUAGAUCUAUUUCUUCUAUGAAGGCAAGGAAGAAGAUGCUUUUAUACAAAUAUCUUAUCUAUAGGAUGUGACUCAGCACUGCAGGUGUUCACUGCUGACUUUGCAGGCUGCAACAUAGUCAUAUACAAUACUUAUGGUUAAUCUGGAUAAGUAACAUUGAAUUAAUAUGGGGUGCGAUUACAUAAUGAUAUGUAUAUUUUGUAUCUACUUUAAUUUCGCCUAAUAUAUCUCCUACUUGAAAAAAUACCAAUGGUUAGUUAAUACAACUUUAUGUAUCUCUGAGGCGAAACAAAGUUCGCCGGGCCAGCUAGUACUAUAUACAAAUUUAAAAUAUUACUGGAUGUAUAGGGUCCCUCGACAAAACUAUAAACUGUUAUACAGGGUCACUCCUUGAAUAUUUUCGCAACUAUUCAUUUACCCCCUUUCUUUCAUACAAAUUAGUGACAUGAAAGAAUAUAUCACACAUACGCAUAAGAAUGAAUAUAUAUCAAUGCCUCUUAAACCCAUGUUUAGCUCUACUGGUUCUUAUGUUAUAGAUUUUUGAAUUUUUUUUUAAGAUAUUCGCUCAAACCUAUGACAUAAGCGGCUACAUGGUUUUAAUUUCUAGGAGAUUGGUUAUUGAAAAUAGUAAACAAUAUCAAUAAUUGAGAAUAAUCAACCAAAAAAACUAUAGGAAAUCAAAAAAUAGUGAAGAAAUUAUCGAAACGAAAAAUAUGAAUAAAUGAAAACGAAUUACCACAUUCUUCCUUAGAAUUGGAUUCAAUAGACAACUUCAGCUGAAAUUGACUCAUUGAAAUUUUUAACGAGCCUCAGAUUUCUCGGAACUUCAUCACAAUGCAAUCCCAGGAGGCGAUUAAGGGGGUAGUAGGGUAAUUAGGGUGGGGGCAGUAAUUUCCAAAAAUUUCAUUGGUUCACCGUAACUUUCAGGUAACUGAGAAAUUUCACAUAAAUAGGUUUACGAAUUCUUACAGCUUCAGUUAAGAUCAAGGUCUUCGCGAGCUACACUUCGAUCUCUGUGAAUUUUAGUGAUUUAGAAUGGGUUCGUUCGUUUUUACGUCAACACUGAAAAUAAUCAUGGAAAAAAGCUGUAACUACAAAACGCAAAGAUGCCAUCAUUUAUGGUAUUGUGAAUAAUUGGCCAGUACACAAAGUGGCAGAGUUUUUCAGAAACAAGGCAGCCGAAUGGGAUUUCCAAGUGGAUACUAUGAAUUCUAGAAGGAGAACAGCCUUAGAUCUUCUGGUGUGCAAAACUAGAUCAGAGAGGGACAACGAAGUCAUCAAACUCCUGAUCGAAUGUUGUGCUGACCCGUUGUGGAAGGACUACAAUGGGAAAACGACACUCUGCAGGCUUAUGCGAAACAAGAAGAAUACGAAGCUCAUGAUAAGAUGCCUGGACAAAAUAUAAGAUAUCAACGUCACCCUAGACGCGGUCGGUGUUAACGCACUAUAUAUGGCGGUGGAUAAAGAGAAUGUGACACUUCUGCUAUAUUUAGUGCGGAGAAAUCUGAUUGUGAAUAUAACCUCCCUCAGAGGACGCUCCCCGCUGCACGAGGCAGUAACAUCAAAAAAUCUCAGUAUCUCCUGGAUACUGCUUAAGCACGGAGCAGAUGUGAACAUCAAGGAUGUGGAUGGUGAGACGCCCAUCUUCGCUGCUCUCAACGGAAAUGAUUCCGUCGAACAGAUCGACAUGCUGUUACGACAUGGCGCCGACCUCAAGGCCACGGACAACGCUUCAAGGACUCCCCUUCAUGCACUCUGUGCCAGCGAAGUCGGGAUCAACAUAGACAUCUUGAAACUCCUCUUGGAUUAUGGAGCCGACCCUAACGCCGCAGACUCGAUGGGAAGGACGCCUUUGGAGGGUUGCAUCAGAAACGAUGCAGCCUACAUGGAUGUCCAAAAUUCGUUGAUGGUGGCGGAGUUGUUGAUCCUGUACGGUGCAAGUGUGAACGCGAGAAACAGUUUCGACCAGACGCUGCUUCACGUUGCUGCUAGGUCUGGCCCUUGCACCUUCGUCAUGUACCUUGUCCAUAUAGGGGCGGACACGAACGCUGUCAACGGGCAGGGCAUAACGUUCUUGGAGCUGCUCAAACCGCGACGUCAUUGCUGGAGAAAGGUGCUUCAAAUGGUCGUAUUGAAGCACUUCAUUAGUAAAUCCGAUUUAGGCCUCAACCUCGAGCGUUCGAUCCACGCCAACGUGGAAUGCCAUAAAUUCGUGGUGAGGGCUAGAAUUGAACUGACCAUAUUGAGCGAUCGCCUCACAGAAGACUUUUGUCCUUCUCGGUUCGACCUAAUGACCUCUGAUGAAAAACGAGCGACAAGGCUCUGUGAGAAUGUCGGCCUUAGGUCGGCGUUGUCCAGAACGAAUUUCGCAAUAUACCCUAUAUACGGCAAGAGGCUUAGGGUGAAAUACGAGGAAGGCUGUAGAAGAGCCAGGGCGGAAGCUGCAGCCAAAGAUUUUUUCUUCGAAAUCUCGAAAGGAAGAUUGCACAGUUAUGCGGCUGGUGACAUCAUUCAGUUCAUCCCUACAGAAUGCCUGAUGAAUCUGGAGGUAGUAUAUCAAGAUAUGGCGAAACGGAAACGAUGAA